AUGUCUCUCCCCGCCUUGCCCUCCGACGCCCCAGUCGGCUGUCUCGGUGACACCUUCUAUUCUCCAUACGCCGGCACCACCAGAUUUGAGCAGCUGCCCGUCUCUAAGAAGACAAAGGACGCCCUGCGCCAGUGCAAGUACGUUGAAAUGACAGAUUCACUUUUCAGUUGGUCGGGCUCUGAGUUUUCUCUCUCUCUCCAAACCGACGUAAUGUUCCGAUUGCCGUCUCUGUUUAAUGGGUUAUUCGUAUCUGUUUGUUCUGACCUCUGGGUUUCUUGUUUAAACACUGUUAAUUCUGAGGAUCCUAUCAUGGAUAACAAUAAAGAUGUUGGCAGCGACUUUGACUCUUAUAACAAGCAAUUCACAAUUGACUACAGCUGCCACUUGCGACAAAACAUUUCAGUGUACGUAUACAAUUUGCCGGCAGAGUUCAACUUCGGCCUCCUUGAUCACUGCCACAACCUAAACGUGCACACGGACAUGUGUCCCCAUGUGGCAAACUCCGGACUCGGCCAGCCACUUUUCAACAACAGCGGCGGCUGGUUCGCCACCAACCAGUUCACAGCUGAGAUGAUUUUCCACGCACGCGUCGAAAACCAUCCCUGUCGCACGUGGGAUCCCGCACGUGCUACCCUCUUCUACGUACCUUACUACGGCGGCCUUCACGUUUCGAACAAGUUCCGCGAACGGAACCUGACGGCUCGAGAUGAGCUGGACGUCAGUCUCGUUGACUUUAUUCAAUCCCAGCCUUGGUGGCAAAAGCAUAAUGGUAAGGACCAUUUUAUGGCCCUAGGGAGGAUCGUACGGGAUUUUACCCGGAACAGCGGCGACCGCGACUAUGGAGCCGGCCGUCUUCUAAAUUUUCCGGCUGUAAAAACCAUGUCGUUCUUGAUCAUAGAAAGACAUCCGAGCAAUGGGACAAACCAGUACGGUAUACCCUACCCUUCUUAUUUUCACCCGUCCACGUGGCGGGAAAUGAUAAGGUGGCAGAACAAGGUGAGGAGAUUCAAGCGACCCUACUUGUUUUCCUUCAUUGGCGCGCCCCGAAGGAAGGCGGCAAUUAGGAACCAAUUUAUAAGGCAAUGCGGUGAGUCGGCUCGCUGCAAUCUCUUGAACUGCGGGACGCCGGACGGGCGUAGCAAGUGCAGGCAGCCAAGUGAGGUGCUGAGGGUGAUGACGGAGUCCAGGUUCUGCUUGCAAGCACCGGGUGACUCGUUCACACGGCGGUCGACGUUUGACUCGGUGCUUGCGGGUUGCAUACCUGUUUUCUUCUCGCCCCACUCGGCGUACACGCAGUAUGCGUGGUUUUUACCGGAGGAUAGAAGCUCCUACUCGGUUUACAUAGAUGAGAAGAGCAAAGCAGCUAGAAGAAUAGAGAAGGAGCUCAUGAAAGUUUCGAGCAAGAAGGUGAUGAUGAUGCGUGAAAAGCUUAUAGAUUUAAUCCCAAGUCUCACGUAUGCUCACCCCAAUGGGACUAAUUUUGGGUUUGGGGAUGCAGUUGAUGUUGCACUUGUAUCAUUGGCCAAGCAUGUCAAUAUAAUCAUUAUCUGAUUGUUGAGUUAUUACUGGUAGUGGUAAAGGAGUUAUUUCAUCUGCGAUGUAACUAAGAAAUUUAUGGGGACAAUUUUAUUUGGGGAAGGAUUAAGGAUUAAUACCCCUCACUUGUAUAACAAGCUUUAAAACUAAUUUUGACCUCUUUAUUGAAGUUGUUUACAAGUUUGGACAAUGCUAGGCAUUUUUUCUA